UUUUUUUUUCUUUCUUUUUUCUCCAUGACAGGCACAUUGCGAUGGCAUUCAUGUUCAACCACUGAUUUUCCACUCAAACGACACAAAGUAUCAAAAGCAUGUGAAGCAUGUCGAAAUAAAAAAAUGCGCUGUGAUGGCAAACAUCCUUGCCAACGCUGUGAGAACAAUAAGAUGGAAUGCAAAUACAAUGACCGACCUAUUCGAUCACGUACACUCAAACCAUUGUGUAUCGAAACCAACUUGGAUAAAAUCACAUUGACAAACGAAAUACAUGAAACAUUUCGACUUUCUCGACCACACCAUGGCACUUGUCUUUCACCUCUUUUAUUUGAUUUCUUUCAUUUGACUUCACAGCCUGCACAUAUUUGGCGUUUGUGGACAGAAUACCAUCAAAACCUUCGUGCUUCUGCUUCCAGUAUAGAAUGGAUGAUGUCAAAAAACCAACUUGUGAAAGAAGCGUUCAAAUUAUUCGUUACACAUAACCUUCUUUAUGGCACCUUGAUUCAUUCUCAGAUGUUGGCCUUUGUCCUUCAAUCGGAUUCAGUUUAUGCCUAUUUACCUUCAAGACCGCAACAUCAUUCAUUGAUCUCACCACGGCCUUCAUUAACGCAUCCUCCCUCAAAUGAUUAUGAUGCUGUGGUGAUCUAUAGUGUAUUGGCACUCGUUUUUUCUUCUUUGCCUGAAGAACAUGAAAAUCUGAUGGAAGACGCUAUGACUUUGUAUAAGAAAGCACACGCCUUGUUUAUCCAACUCUGUUUUCCUGCUACAUUUUCGGAUCCUGCAGCCACUGUACCUAACCAAAAAGAGAUAGAAUGGAUGGUGCUGGCCUCUAUUUUGUUGGCUCAUUUUCAAUGCGCCGUCAUCCAUCCAGAGCAAGCCUACCUGACCAUUCGAAUUCUACCUCAAUAAACCUUAUUCUCCAAACGAACUCUUGAGCCAACAACAGCCAAAGGAAGACAAGACAAAAAAGACAAAAGAACAACAAUGGGCUAUUUGUGUCACCGAAAAUUACAGCCAAUUUCUAAAAUCCCUUUUAACAAAACAACAUACAAACAUACAAACGAUCAAGG